CCUCAUUAAAAAAUCCACAAAGAACAAUAUCGGCUGAGUUAGAAACAAGAAGAACAAACCAAAAUGCCAUCUACUUCUUUGUCUCCGAAUAUCAGAUUGAUCGCGAGAGUGAAUAAAUCUCUGUCCCUAGGAACUCUUCCUUCGUUUUCUGCUUCAUUUCUCUCCAAGAAUAAUAAUGAUGAAAGCAAUUAUUGGUGCUCUCGAAUGCUUUUUUCCAGUGCUUCGAAAGCCGACCCGAAACAACGACCAAUUUUUGUCGCGGCAACGAAGCAACACGUAGGAAAGACCACAUCAUCUCUAGCGGUACUGAGCGGUCUGAAAAAACGGUUUGAUACCGUCGGAUUCAUCAAACCUGUUGGACAACAGCAUGUGAAAGUGGAAACAAAUGACGAAACGAAGACCUCGAUUCGAGUCGACAAAGACGUUGUAUUGAUCAAGGAACAUUUCGACCUCGACCACAUCGAUUAUAAACACAUGAGUCCUGUCAUUAUUCCAAGUGGAUACACCAGGAAGUUUGUUGACGGAGAGAUCUCUACAAUUGAUCAACAACGCGAGGUCGAGAAUGCAUUUGAAUACAUUUCAUCGAAUUCCGCCGUCACAUUGAUAGAAGGGACAGGACACUGUGCUGUUGGAAGCAUUGUAGGACUGAACAAUGCAAAAGUCGCUAGUAUAUUGGGAGCGGAUAUGAUCCUAGUGUAAGAUGAUUUGUUUGCACAUGAGCUUGUAUUUUCACUGGCUUUUGUUGUUGUAUCCCGCAGAUGGUACAAUGUAUUGUUGUCUUUCUUGGACCGUUGCUCAUGCAAUCGUUGCAAAUCUUAUCAAAGGGAAACAUUCAUUCUGUUUCCAUUAACAUUUCUGAUCUAUUUCUUUUUCUCACCAUUGCUGUCAUCGUCAGUGCUAACGGUGGACUGGGAAAGGCUUUCGAUCAGCUUGAAUUAAAUCGAGUCUUGUGCGAGCAGAACAAUGUACGGAUCGCUGGGGUAAUCAUCAACAAAGUUAUACCAGAAAAGUAUGAACAAACGAAGCACUACUUAGCAAAAGCAAUGAUGCAGACUUGGGAAAUUCCUUUAUUGGGGUGUAUUCCUGAUCGACCAUAGUAAGUUCAUCAUCGAAUUGGCAGUGCGUUCUGCAAAAGAAAAAUUAACACAAAAUAUUAAUCAAUGCUUUUGUUUCGUUCUACUGAUUCAUCCUUAUCCUUUGCCGCUGGUUCUGUUCUCUACCCACUACCGAUGCUCCUGUUCAAAAUGCACUACCUCAGUCUCGGGUGUCCCGCAUUAAUUGAUCUCGAGCGCCUAUUUAAGACGAAAUUGAUUAUUGGGGAUUCGGACGAGAAUCGCUUUCGUCACUACACUAUGUCCGAUAUCAACUUGGUCACGACUAGUUUGAAGCGGUUUCUGGAGAACAUUAAAAGUCGUAAACCAUCCCGGACUCUCUACAUUUGUCACGUUACACGUGACGAUCUCAUCUUGGGAUUUUUGGAUGAGUAUCAACGUCGUCAGCAGGAUCCGUCUGGAUCUCCCUUUGAAGCAGCAUUAUUGGUUUGUGGUCGCCAAGACACAUACAUUCUUAGUGCUGAAGUCGAAGCAAGGAUUCGUGAAAUGGAUGGAGAUGGCCCUAGUAUCAUGCUGGUUGAGGGAACGACACAUGCGGCAAUGACAAAAAUUCAUCGCUUCACGCCGAAGUUGAAUAUUGACGACAGAAGCCGUGUCGGAGUAGCAAUUGAUCAUUACGAACCCUACAUUGAUUUUGAUCUAUUGCUAGAGCGGACUAGAGAAAGAGAAUAAUAUCUGUUCAUGUUUAAAUCUCAAA